AUGGGAGAACUUAGAGGAAAUGGCAACAUUCAGAGUAACCGUGAAGUGUGCUCCCCUCCCCACUGUCCCUGUGCUUAUUCUUCAGGUCUUCUGCUUCCUGGGGAAACUGCUCCACACCCCGACCCUACACCUCAGAGCGGCUGGAGUCUGGGUCCUUGCAGACUCCAGCAGCCCAAAUCCUUCCCUGUAGCUCGGCGGGAGGUAGUGGUGGCCUUUGCAGGGGAAGGGAGGCUUGGCCUGGGGAUUCUGGGGAAGAGGCUUGAACCAGGGGCUUCGGAGCCCAGCCGCACCCCAGCUGUGCCAAGCUCACAAAGGAAGCUCCGCUUCCGGCGUGGGCCCGUCGGACCUCCGGCCCUCGGAGAUCCCCGGAACCCCCGGAACCCCCGGAACCCUGGUCUUCGCACUCUUCUGAACUCCUGCAUGAAUCGCUCCAGGCACUUACCCCCCGCAGAGGCGGGGGGGGGCUUUAAUAACUUGAGGUCCUCUGCUCCAGCCCAGAUAUCGGCCCCGCCUAAGCAGUUGACUGAGACUUUGGUUCCAUUCCUGGACACGGAUUCAAAUGGUGAGCUGCCCCCAGAGACAGAUCAGUAUCUGAAUGACAAGCCAACCCUGCACGAAAGGCUCUUACAAGUGGUUCCAGCGUUGGGUGAUGAGAAUCAGGCCAUAGUUCUACCUCCUCCACUCAAAAGUAAGAUGAAAACUGGAGAUGAGCCAGAAGAUCACCAGUCAUUGGAAAUACUUGCUCCACCUCUGGACAGUCAGGGUUUAAACCAAAGAAAGUUUUUUGUUUCAUCCCCAAACCUGGACAAAGAUCUAGUUCAGCAUCGAAGGCUUGCCAAAGUUGUUAUUGGAACUCCAAACCAAUUUGCAAAUAAAGAGCUCCUAGAACAACUGCAGGACGAUUAUUCAGAUUCUGGUAUGGAUAUCAUAUACCCUGAGGAAAACCGACCAAUGGAUUUCCCAGGGGGACCAGAUCAACCCCCAGAGCUCCCUGAGGAGCUUGAAAUUUCUUCACUCCUGCAGGAGACCCCUGCAGGACCUCUCCAGUCCACUGUAGAGGAACCUGAACCUUUUGUGCCUGGAGUGGAGGCCCAGGCCAAGCAUCCAGAGUCCCCUGAAGAGACAGAAACACCUCCACUUCUUCAGGACGCUCUAUCUCAGCCUCCAGAGAUCCUUAAGGAAGCUGGAAAUUCUGUAAGCCCACAGGAGGCCCCAGCUGAACCUUCAAGUACCCCUGAAGUCCAACAGGAAGCCUCAGCUCAACCUACAGAGGCACCUGAGGAAGUAGAACCUUGGACCCCUCAGGAGGCCCCAGCUCAGCCACCAGAGGAGAAGGUACCACCUCAGGAGGUAAAUGUGCCAUCUCUGAGUCAGAAUGAAGCUCAGCGGCCAAAAUUACACAAUGUCACUGUUAAACCUGUAGAUUUGGCACUUACUGUAACUGUGACUCAGCCUCCACAGCACCCCAAGAAGGCUGAGCCUGCAAUCCUGCAAGAACAACCAGCUCAGCCACCAGAGCUGUCUUUGGGGGAGGUGGAACCUAUUCCAACCCAGCAGGAGCACCCAGCUCAACCUCUAGAGCAUCAUGAGGUGAAAGUUGCACCUCCAGGUCACCAUCAGGUUCAACAGUUAAACCUGCCCAAUAUCACUGUUAAACCUGCAGGCGUGCAGGUUACUGUAACACCAGAACCCACUACAGAGGUGGGACCUUUGCCAGUUCAACGUGAGUCUGUCACUCAGCCCUCUGUGCCCCUUAAUGUGGAACCUUUUGCAACCCAGCAUGAAGCCCCAACUCUGCCUCCACAGUCCCCUGAGGAGAAUGAACAUUUGCCAUUUCAACAGGAGACUCCAACUGAGUCCCCAGAAUCUCCCACACAGGAGAAACCUCCAACACAGCAGGAGACCCCUGUUCAGACCCCUGGAGAGGUUAAACCUUCCACAACCCAGCAGGACACCCUGGCUCAGGAUUCACAGGCUCCUGAGGAGGGUGAAUCACCUUCAACCCAGGAGGAGGCCCUGGCUCAACUUCCAGGGACUCAGGAAGAGAAGGAACCUUCUCCACCCCAGCAGGAGGCCCCUGCUGAGCUUCCACAAAUCCCUGAGGAGGGUGAACCUUCCUCAAUACAGGAGGAGAGCCAGGAUCAUCAUGCACAGACUCCUGAGAAAGCUAAACCUUCUUCAACCCAGCAGGAGGCCCCAACCCAGUAUCCACAGGCCUCUGAGGAGGGAGAACCAUCUCCAGCUCAGGAAGAGGCUCCCACUCAAUUUCCACAAAUUCAUGUGAAGAGUGGGUUUCCAGAACAACAUCCAGCCCCUGCUGAAAAUGUUGAACCUUAUCCAGAUCAGCAGGGAGUACCAACACAGACUGGAGAUCUUCCUGAAGAAACUGAACUUUCUCCAAGCCAGCAGUGGAGCUCAUCUCUGCCUCAGAUGCCUGUCGUAGGUGUAGAACCUUCUCCAGUCCAGCCUGAGCACCAGGCUCAGCCUCCAGAGUCCUCUACAGAUAUUGUAGCUCAGCCUCCAGUACAUCAUGAGGUGACAUCCUCCCGUCUAGGUCCUGGUGAAGCUCAGCAUCCAAUGUUGCCCAAUAUCACAGCAAAACCUGUAGAUCUGGAGGUUUUCAUAACUCCAGUGCCCACUAAGUUUGAACAUGCUCCAGGGCAGCAGGAGGCCUCUGCUCAAGCUCCAGUUCCCCCUGAGCAGGUUGAAUUUUCUCCAGCCCAGUCCGAGCUUCUUUUCCAGUCUCCAGAGACCCUUGAAGAUGAAUUUCCUCCAGGCCAACAAGAACUCAUAGUAAAGACUCCAGACCCUCCUAAGGAGAUGGAACCUACUUCAGCCCAACAGGAGGCCCCAGCUGAGCCAUCAGAGCCCCAUAAGGAGAAUUCUCUCAAAAGACCCCUUCUCAAGCUUCUUCUACAGUUUCCUGAGAAGGUGGAAUCCUCUCCAGUCCUGCAAGAAGCUCCAUCUCUACCUCUAGAGCCCCUUAAGGAGGUAGAACUUUCUCCAGCCCAACAGGUGGCACAGACUCAGCCUUCAGAGCUCCCUGAGAAGCUAGAGUCAUUUCCAAUUCUGCAGCAGGCUUCAACUCAGUCUCCAGAGCCCCAUCAAGAGUCAGAACCUUCUCCAGCUCAGCCUCCAGAGCCAUCUAAGGAGGUUGAACCACAACUUCCAGUCCAUAACGAGAUGACAGUUCCACCUCAAGGACAAGAUCAAGCUCAGCGUUCAAGCUUGCCCAGUGUCACUGCUAAACCUGUUGACUUGGAGUUUACUGUACCUCCAGAGCCUUCUACAACCCUGCAGCAGACUCUAGCUCCUCCAGAGGAUCCAGAGGUGACACUUCCACAUCCAGAACAUGUUGAGGCUCAGAGUCCAAAUUUGUCUGAAGUCACAGUUCAACCUUUAGAUCUGGAGCUUACCAUAACACCAGAACCCAUUACAGAGGUUGAAACUUCAACCAUGCAAGAGACUCCAGGUCCUCCUUUAGAGCCACCUGACGAGUCUGUAAUGCAGCCUUCCCAUGUAUCGGGAGGUGACAGGUUCCAACUCCAGGUUGAACGUUCUACAACCACCAAGACUUACAACUCCCCCUCCAAGGACCUUGAGAUGACGCUUGCGCAUCUCGAGCAGAUUCAGAGGCAACAUCCAAACCUGACUGAAGUCACUGUUCCACCUAUGGACCUGGAAAUUACUGUAACUGCAGGAAUCCAAUAUGGAAGUUGGAACCUUCUCCAGCCAGGCAAGAGACCACCAACUCAGCCUCCAGAGCCACCUAAGGAGGUUAAAGUUCAAUAUCCAUUUCAUCAGGAAGUGAUGAGUCCAACUCCAAAACCUAUUACAGAGCUAAACAUUCUGCAGACCACGAAGAAGACUACAGCUCCUUCUCCAGCGGACCUUGAGCCCAAGCAGAGGCUCCGCAGAGUGCCUGUGCCAGAGCCCAACACGGACAACAACACCUUCACCAUCUUAAAUUUCCAAGGAAACGCUAUUUCUUACAUUGAGGAGAAUACAUGGAAGCCAUACCGUUGGACUGAGAAAUUAAUUCUCAGUGAAAAUUAUUUGACUGAAUUACAUAAGGACUCAUUUGAAGGCCUGCUAUCCCUACAGUAUUUAGAUUUAUCCUGCAAUAAGAUACAAUCUAUUGAAAGACGGACAUUUGAACCACUACCUUUUUUGAAGUUUAUAAAUAUGAGUUGCAAUGUAUUGACGGAAGUGAGCUUUGGAACAUUUCAGGCCUGGCAUGGAAUGCAGUUUUUACAUAAGCUAAUUCUCAGUCAUAACCCUCUGACAACUGUUGAAGAUUCAUAUCUUUUUAAAUUGCCAGCAUUAAAAUAUUUAGACAUGGGAACAACACAGGUGUCACUUUCAACAAUUGAGAGCAUUCUCAUGAUGACCCUUGAAUUGGAAAAACUGAUAUUACCUAGCCGUAUGUCCUGUUGUCUCUGCCAACUCAAAAAUAAUAUUGAGGUUGUUUGCAAGACAGUCAAGCUGCAUUGUGACGGUGAAUGUUUGACAAAUGCCACACGUUGUGAUGAAAAAGCAUCUAUAAUGAAUGUAGAAGGAUCAUUCAUGAAGGUAUUAAAAGCCCGGAAGAAGAGUACCAGUACUGAGCUGACAAUUGAGCCAGAGAAGGCAUCCUCAGACAAAAAUGGCAUCGGUCUGUCAGCCUUUAUGAAUGAGCAGUUAGACUUUAAUGAUGAAAGUGAUGUUAUCAGUGCGCUGAAUUACAUAUUACCUUAUUUCUCAGAGGGAAAUGUAGAAGAUGUAGAAUCAACAUUACUACCAUUCAUUAAAACUCUGUUUUCAAAUGUUCAAGAUGGAGACAAGCCUGUGGGUUACUUGAAAAACAACACAAAGAGCCCUUCUCUUGAACCUGGACCCAACAAUUCAACUUACAAAAAUAAACUGAGGAAACUCUCUUUCCUGGAAAAUUUGUUAGAUGCAGAAAUUCAAGAAAAAAUUGAUGAGGUAAAAAAGAAAGAAAAAACUGCCAUGCUUAUACCUCCCGGGAUUUUAGGUCCCAAAUUUAAGAAAUUGGAAACUGCCCAAGGACAGGAAAAGACCCUUCCCAAGGCUAAGAAUUUACGGAAGAGGUGGUUUAGAAAAAACAGUGUUCUCAAGGGCCCCAAGGACCUACAGAAAAGGCACUACAAGGAAGUGGACGUUCAGAGCACCCAAGGGAAACAGAGUGCCCAGUCAUUUGUGAAGAACAUGGCCAAAGAAAGAAGGCUCAGUGGACCAUCCCCAAGGGAGCUGGAGGAGCUUCACAUGGCCCAGAGGCCCAGGAAAUUAGUGGGAAACUCCGUCCACACAGAGUCUUCAUUCAUAAAGGAGCACAAGGCAGCAGCCUCUUCUUUCCCGAAGCAAAACAUAAUGGGCAAGCCUUCUGCCUCCACUGCUCCAAAAUCCCUACCUAAGGUGAAAAACAAAUCAGAAGACUCAACCUACCCCAUUGUUGUUUUAGAAGAUGCGAAUGCUAGAGUUAGGGAAAUGGAGGCUUCCAGACCAGUCUCGCAUUCUGGAAAAAAGUAUAUUUUCCAUAAAAUUCGCUCACGUAUAGUCCAAAGAACACCCAAGACCAAAAAAAGUAAAAAGUUCAGAAAGAAAAACUCACUCUCGAAUAGAUUGAUGCCUGCACAGAGGCCUCCAUUGCCUGCCGUCAGGAGCCUCAUCGAUUCCCCUUCACAGGAGGCUAUUUCAUCUUCAGAAAAACGAAUUCAGGAAAAUCCUUUUCCAGAAUUAUUUACUCUUUCAGAACCUUCUAAAGAAAACACUACUGUAGAAAACACUACUGCACAGAAUGCUUCUGAAGAAAUUAUUUCUCCAGGAAGCACUACUGUAUCAGAACAAACUCCCCCUGUUCACAACCGUAGGAAUCUUUCCAAUACAUAUUCUACUACCACCAGAGACAACUUUGUGCCGACUGUUAAACAAACCAAUGAAACACAAUGGGAAUACCACAACUUGGUCACUGACUUGCCCCCAAAGCCCACAGGCUUCAGUGUUGCAAAGCUCUCAUCCGCAGGUGAUCUAUUUGAAAUUCAGCUAAACCAGCAGCUACGGUCCCUCAUCCCGAAUAAUGACGUGAGAAGGCUCAUUUCUCAUGUUAUCCGGACUUUGAAAAUGGACUGCUCUGAGACCAAUGUGCAACUGGCCUGUGCCAAGCUUAUCUCCAGAACAGGCCUCCUGAUGAAGCUUCUCAGCGAGCAGCAGGAAGUAAAGGUGUCCAAGGCAGAGUGGGAUACAGACCAAUGGAAGACUGAGAACUAUAUCAAUGAGAGCACAGAAGCCCAGAGUGAACAGAAAGAGCAGAAGUCAAGUGAGCCAACAAAAGAAGUCCCAGGUUAUGGCUAUAACAACAAACUCAUCUUGGCAAUAUCUGUGACUGUAGUAGUAAUGAUUUUGAUUAUAGUUUUCUGUCUCAUUGAGGUAAGAACAACCAUUAAUUCAGAUUUCCAGAAAAUCUUUUGUCUUUAUAAUAGAUUCAGAAUUUACAAACUUAAAAUCAAAGCCACUUUCUCACUUACUGAUACUUGGUAUUUCUCUUCUGUCUGACAGACUGACAUGUACUUCAUUCUUUUAUUGCAAAGUAUAUUCUGGGGAUUUUUAUUUUAUUUUAUUUUUUUAAAGAGAAGCAAUUCUUUUUUUUUUUUAAGAUU